GUCGACAGAGGGCGGUGGCGCAACGCGUACGUACGUGCGGCGGAAUUUCUAGGGGAUUUCCCCAGGAAGUUUCUAGGAAUGUUAGUCAGAACGUUUACCGUAAAAAUCGUUUUUAUUGACCAAAAAUUUCUCCUGUGAUUGGUCUCCAUUUCUCCUCCUUCGUGUGAUAUAUUCAGGCAGGUUUCACCAACAAGCCAAGUGAGGAUUACCUAUUUUAAUAAGCUGGUUUCUGAUCAUUGGACGUGACAAAAAGGAAGUUGAACAUGGAUCUACUGGUGAUGGUUUCAAUAGGUUUCGUGCUAAUCUUUUUAGCCAAGCACACUAAUGCUGUUCUUAAGCCAACUAUAACUGUACAUCGGGACACUGAAGAUUAUCCAUGCAACAGAAAUGGUGCAACGUGCCCAGUGGGAUACUAUUGCUUUGAAGAGUGCAGACCAUGCAAUCCCUGUCCAGAUGUAAACACCUAUAGAGUGCCAAAUAACCAGCUUACAGUGAUGGAACAGUGUGUAAAGCAGGGACAGUGUCCUAACUUAUGCAGUUAUAUGUAUUUAAAGCCUCAUCAGCAAGCCAACCAGUCAUUUUGUAUCGGUGCCCUUCUGGUAACACAAGAACCAGUUUGUGAGCUGCAAUCAUGUGACAACGGAGGCACGCUAGACACACAAGCAUGCCAAUGCUCAUGCAGCGCCAACUGGAAUGGACCUACAUGCUCUGAUUGUGGACUGUCCUGUGUGAAUGGAGGCACACUGGAUGAGGCCACGUGUGAAUGCAGAUGCGAUAAGGAUUGGACUGGGAGCAACUGCACAGAUUGUGGACUUACGUUCUGUGAGAAUGGAGGUACAAUAGAUCCAGCAUCAUGCCAGUGUUUGUGCAAUGGAGACAGCUGCUCUGAAUGUGGACUGAAAUCCUGUCAGAAUGGAGGAACACUAAAUCCUACAUCUUGCCAGUGUUUGUGCAGUGAGGAUUGGACUGGACACAACUGCUCUGAAUCACGGAUCAAGGGAAAAAUUCCUCCUACCCAAACCGAUGUCAAUGCAGAAACAUCUGUCCUGGUGAUUGUACUAAUUUGUUUAGCGGUUGUACUUGCUGGUGGGUGUUCCAUCAAGAUGUUGCUCCCGAGGUUGACAUGCAAUCCAAAGUCAAGGUCCAUAUCUGAUGUAGAAGGAGCCCUCUUAGAUUAUGUAGGUGACAUGGAAGCAGAGUGCCCUACACCUCAAAGCAUCAAGGUCCGGGCGAUGAAUCCAAACCAGAAACUCAAGGGGAAGAAGAUGAAGUUUUUCUGUCAGAACGCAGACGAUUCCCAGGACCCCGUCCAGAAGUGGUCUGAUGCAAUGAUAUGGGAUUCGGCUUUGCAGCACCUUUUUGAAGGACUGUGCCCAGGUGUCAAGUACACUAUCUUACUGCACCAAGCCCAAGACUCGCUGAAGGAGGUGAACAAAGUAGAGGCCACCACGCCAUAUUAUCCACUGUCAGUCGAAGUGAGUGGCACCGCUGCCACCAUCAGAGGUCUGAAGGAGCUUGACAUUAAUGCUGUACAGAGCUGUGCAUGCAUGAUGCUACCUAGUUGUAAGAAGUGGAUUAUCGUCUCACCAGAACAGGAUGAGUUGGUAAUCUCUGACGUACCUCCAGGUUUUGAUUACUGUGUGAAAGCUGGAAUUGUAGACAGUAAGCAGCUGCCAUCUCGACAGAAAUUCAGAUGUAAAGCAGAGGGUAAACUACGUGUAGAUGUGCAAGAAAUCACGCAGGACCAGACUCACCAGAGGACAAGCAACUGCACAACGUUUGGAAAAGUUCUAAAAUCCAUCGAUCUGAAAAGGUCCCUACAGGUUGAGUUAGAAUCUAAAAAGAAUUUUUAUCUGGCUGAAAUGGUUGCCGGGGCAUUGGGAUUGGUUGGAGAUGAUAAUAUGAGAAUCAAAGAUGCCAAGACUGACCAUGUUGAGAAACUUGAUCAAAUUCUGAACCGCAGGGAAAAUGACACUCAAGUUCACGACCUAAUAGUGAGCCUUCUGGCUCCUUCUGAGCUCAAGGAGAGGAAUGAAACAGAGACGACGCAAUGGAAAGAAGCAGAGGACUUCUUAAUAAAACUAGUUGGACACACAUGGACCAACUUCCAUUGCCUUGAGUGCAUUCAUCUGCUCCAUCAAGCACAUAGUGUUUAGCAUUGUCAUUCUGCAAACAAGGUAAAAUGUCAAGAUCAAUAUUAGGUUUUGCCCUUCACCGACAUAUAAACACUGUAUACUCAGUUUGUUACCUCCCGAGUGAAAGUUGGAAAAAUCACUCGGUUGGGAUUUGAACCCACAACCUCCUGCUUUCUAGUGCAGAGGUAAAAUGUCACAUACGUAAUGAAAAGACUGUCUUGUACAUGUACCUGCAUGGUUUAUAUUGCAAUAUAUGUAUACUUACAUAAUUCUUUUUCGUAUUUGACCAGGUGAUUUCUUUUGGAAACAAAAUUGUAGAAAGGAGCAGUAUGAUGAGUGGUUAAGCAGACAUGUCUUCCAAAUUUUAUAACUGUGCUUGCAGUAGAACAUGGAUGACAUCUGUUUUGUUGAUACUUGUGCCUCGCAAAUUCAAUUAUUUACAACUGCUGCUUAAAAACAAAGGCACAGCACACCUGGAAUAUGCGACCCUGUUAUUGCUAAUGAAUACUACAUAUAUCUGUAUAACCGCUCCGUUCACAAGUACCCCCUCACCGGCAAAGAAGGUACAGUUGGGGGUGACCGACUGACGCCAUCUUGCCUGACUGCAAAUC